AUGGCGACAUAUCUCACGCCUAUGCCACCGUUUGACCCUGAUGCUGACGCGGGAGGAAAUAUAGCGGCUAAAUGGCGUACUUGGUUGGCAGAUUUCAAAACAUUUCUAACGGCGAGCAACAUUACAAACAAGACACGCCAACGAGCAUUACUUUUAUACCAAGCAGGACCGCGAGUACGGGAAAUCUUUCGACACUUUCCAGACCCUGGUAACGACGACGACUUCGAUAAAGCGACGGAACUUCUCACCGAAUACUUCGAGCCUCAAAAAAAUCGAUUAUACGAAGUCUACAAAUUUCGACAAGCAAAACAGAGCGACACGGAAACGAUAGAUCAAUACCACACGCGUCUACGAACACUGUCAAAAAACUGUGAGUUUUCAGAUGUAGAGUUCGAAAUUAUGGUACAAAUUGUUAUUGGAGGAAAGUCAAGUCGCGUGCGUAAACAAGCGUUGCGAGACCCCAAGUAUGUUUUAAAAGAUCUUUUGCUCGCAGCCAGGCGGGAAGAAAUAAGCAAGACGCAUGCAGCUGACAUUGAAGGACAUUUAGACAGCUGCAAUAUUCAAGCAGUUAAAACGCCAACCGCGAAAGAAACAAAACACAAGACAUCCAAUAAGACAUGUUUUUACUGUGGUGGCAGCUACCCUCACACCAACAAACCGUGCCCUGCCAAAAACAAGACAUGUGCCAAUUGUGGUAAAUUAAACCAUUUUGCUAGCCAGUGCCGCAGUAGCAACACGAGAGAAAAUAGACAAACUGGUAAACCACGCGAAGACCUACGACCAGUUAACACAGACCUCCAGGACAACACUAGCAGCGACAGUAGUGGUCCAGAAUAUUGUUACGCGGUCAACAACAAACAAAACACCCGCAAGCGUCAAUUGCUCUCAAUGGACAAAGAGUAA